UUAAGCUGUAACGUCCCUUGAGUUUUUUUCCCGCAGUUGUAGUCGCGAGGAAUUGAAAAUGGGUCUGAAGUUUUCAAUAAUUUGUGGGCUUUUCGAACUGAUGCUCUUGACACUGUUUGGUGUUCUGGUUAAAUAUGGGGAACGCGCUUUGCCGCCAUCGCAACGAGAAAGCCGGCCGGACGUAAACAAAAGCGCUAAAGUACACGUUCACGCGGAUCCUGACAAUGAUGUGCCAAUCUUCUAUCCUUUCUUCCAAGAUGUCAAUGUUAUCGUCUUUAUGGGUGUUGGUUUUCUAAUGACCUUCCUGAAGAAGUAUGGUUAUAGUGGUGUGGGAUAUAACUUCUUCAUCGCAGCUCUUCUUUCCCAAUGGGGAGCAAUUAUAAAUGGCUGUUUUAAUCAGAUUUACAUCAAUGGAAAAGACCACAUUGAAAUUGGUAUAAGAAAUUUAAUAAGCGCAGAGUUUGCCGCCGUUACUGUCCUCAUCAGCUUCGGAGUGGUCUUGGGAAAAGUGAGCCGUCUACAACUACUGGUCAUCGGUAUUCUGGAAAUAGUAUUCUACGGUGUCAAUAAUUUGAUCGCUGUCAAAUAUCUGAAGUACUCCGACGUUGGAGGGUCCGUAGUCAUUCAUAUCUUUGCGGCAUAUUUCGGUUUAGCCUUGUCAUGGGUAAUGUACGAUGAAAAUGUAUUGGAUAAUCACAAUGAAGGAUCUAGUUACCAUUCAGACCUGUCUGCUAUGAUUGGUACUGUAUUCCUAUGGUUGCUCUGGCCCAGUUUCAACGCCGCGUUACUGCCUCCCGACUGCGUCGCUCAACAUCGCGCUAUCAUCAACACCUACUUCUCCUUAACUGCAUCCUGUGUUACGGUUUUCGCACUAUCGCCUAUCUUUCAGAGAAGUGGCGGUAAAUGGAAGUUAAGUAUGGUUCAUGUUCAAAAUGCCACUCUGGCUGGCGGCGUUGCCGUGGGAACAACAUCUGACAUGUUUUUGACGCCUUUCGGAGCUCUUUUGAUAGGUUGUAUCGCCGGAGCUCUGAGCACUGUUGGAUGUUCGUAUUUGACUUCAUUCUUCGCCAAGUCUCUCAAAAUCCAUGACACAUGCGGUGUGCACAACUUGCACGGAAUUCCGGGAAUUUUUGGUGGCAUCGCAGGCUCAGUUGUCACCGCGCUUGCAGAAGUUGACUCAUACGGAUAUGAAGGUCUAUUCAGUGUAUGGAGUGCGCGUGCGCCAAAGAUGAACUCCACUGAAUACUGGGAGCUGAAGAAUAUGGGUGUGAAGUUUAAUGUGGGAGAUCAACGCACAGCCUCUGUUCAGGCUGGUUACCAGGUCGCUGGUAUUCUGGUCACUAUUGUCGUCUCUAUCUUUGGAGGAAUUGUAACUGGUUCGAUUGUCAAGAGAAAGAUCUUUGAUCCACCAUCUGAAGAACAACUGUUCAAUGAUGAGGAUUUCUGGGAGCUCCCUCAGAAACAUGUUGAGGGAUACGAAAACAUUGAUUGAAUCAAGCUGAGUGGUCUUUAACUUUCUCUGCCAAGCUUUGCCUUUCAAUACUGAUCAACUGAACGUAUUAGUGCACGAUCCUAAUACGUUUCUAUAACCGCAGUUCAGAUAUAUGAAUUUCAUUGAUUAAUUAACUUAAACUAGACAGUUACUCUUUGAAUCUCUAUCUUGUUUAUUACAAUUCAACUUUUCAUAGUUUUUACUUUCUUCGAGUACGACCAUCAAGUGCACGGUCUCUAAAUGUCAAGUAUCCUUUUCUCAGAAUCUUUCCAACGUCAGUAGGAGUGUCUGCUUUUGAGCUUUGUAAAACACAGUGCUACCUUUUUAAUUAAAGCGCUUUCCCUCUGAUUUUUAGCGGCAUAAUCAUGCCUAUAUCUAGAUGACCCCGUUAUAAUUAUGAUAAUGAAGGGAUUUAGCACCACGUUUAAGUCUAACGGCAAAUGUCAGCAGGUCCUUUCAUGUUCCACGUAAAAUAGCGUGAACCUAACUGCUUUAGCUUCGCGUGGGCCCACGUCAUAGUAAAUUUGAAGGCGCCCUUGUAGGAUUUAAGGGAAUAGUUUUGAUGCACUUUUCCGGCGAUUAACUUCCACGCUGUCAGAGGAAAAGCGAAUAAGUGGACUUUUUGCCUUUAAACACAUCCAUAGUAAAUAUAUAACACUCAUAUUCUGGAGGAAAUAUUUAACACUUCCGAUUCAAGUUCUCCACCCCAGCCAGCCGAGGUUCAAAUUCCCCCACCCCAGGAGCAUGCAAGACGGUCAAAUACCCGUGGGUGGUGGGGUGGGGGAAAGUGUCUGAGCUUCGAAUUGAUCGGUUCGUGGUUCAACGAAACUAUUACCUAAAAUUGCUUUUGUGGAAUCAAUGUUAUGAAGUUUCCAAAAGAUUACUCAAACUAAUCAUACCGUUCUUAAAAGAAAAACCCAAAUAUAUCAAUCACAUUAUUUCCCUUAUCAUGCUUAAUUUUUAUGUUGUAGGGUGAUCAAAUCAACCACAAUGUUUAAUGUUUGAUACCAAUUUCAACUGAUGUACAAAAAAAAAGAAAAAAACCCAGCUCACUGGUUUAAAGAGCUUUAUUCAAAAACACUAUUUCAUUUCGUUUUCUAAACAAAUCAUGGAAGACAUUAACCCCUUAAUUACACCCCAACAUCAGUAUGCAUAUUCUCCAUAGUGUACUCUAUACAUUUCCUUUGGUACUGAAAAGGAGAAUUCGUUUAACAAUCAAAGCUUCCCAAGUUGAUGAUCAUUUCCUUUAUUCUCGUGACCUUAACGAGUGAUACGGUACUAUUACAGUAAAUAUAUCUUAUUAACCAAGCGCGAGGGCCGUAUUGGGAGAAUAUCGGCCCGAGGUCUUGACGGUACGGAC